CUCUGCUGUUGCAAAUUCAGCGGAAAGGCCAGGGUGUAAACCUUCUCUCUGUCUCCUCUCUUUGCAGAGACGCACUGCAAAAUAGGGACCAAAAUGACGGACUCCAAGUACUUCACUACUACAAAGAAAGGAGAGAUAUUUGAACUGAAGGCAGAAUUAAACAGCGACAAGAAGGAGAAGAAGAAAGAGGCAGUGAAGAAAGUGAUUGCCUCCAUGACGGUUGGGAAAGAUGUCAGUGCACUUUUUCCAGAUGUGGUGAACUGUAUGCAAACUGAUAACCUUGAGCUUAAGAAGCUGGUCUAUCUCUACCUGAUGAAUUAUGCCAAAAGUCAGCCAGACAUGGCCAUUAUGGCUGUCAACACGUUUGUGAAGGAUUGCGAAGACCCAAACCCCCUGAUCCGGGCUCUGGCUGUGCGAACGAUGGGCUGCAUCCGAGUGGAUAAGAUAACAGAGUAUCUCUGUGAGCCUCUGAGGAAGUGUCUGAAGGAUGAGGACCCCUAUGUGCGCAAGACAGCUGCAGUCUGUGUGGCAAAGCUUCAUGACAUCAAUGCACAGCUGGUGGAGGACCAAGGCUUCCUGGAUACCUUAAAAGACCUCAUCUCAGACUCCAACCCUAUGGUGGUAGCUAAUGCUGUUGCAGCUCUUUCAGAGAUAGCAGAAUCUCACCCUAGCAGCAACCUACUGGAUCUCAAUCCCCAGUCUAUUAACAAACUGCUCACAGCCCUGAAUGAGUGCACGGAGUGGGGCCAGAUUUUCAUCUUGGACUGUCUGGCCAACUAUAUGCCUAAAGAUGACCGGGAGGCCCAGAGCAUUUGUGAGCGAGUGACUCCCCGGCUGUCCCAUGCAAACUCUGCUGUGGUCCUGUCAGCAGUGAAGGUGCUGAUGAAGUUCAUGGAGAUGCUGUCAAAGGACCUGGAUUAUUAUGGUACCCUGCUGAAGAAACUAGCUCCCCCUCUGGUCACCCUGCUCUCAGCAGAGCCUGAGCUGCAGUAUGUGGCUCUCCGCAACAUUAACCUCAUUGUGCAGAAGAGGCCUGAAAUCCUGAAGCAUGAGAUGAAGGUGUUUUUUGUGAAGUACAAUGACCCCAUCUAUGUUAAGCUGGAGAAACUGGACAUCAUGAUCCGCCUGGCAUCCCAGGCCAAUAUUGCUCAGGUGCUUGCUGAGUUGAAGGAAUAUGCAACAGAAGUGGAUGUGGACUUUGUUAGGAAGGCAGUCCGAGCCAUUGGCCGCUGUGCCAUCAAAGUUGAGCAAUCGGCGGAGCGCUGUGUCAGCACCCUGCUUGAUCUCAUCCAGACCAAAGUCAACUAUGUGGUGCAGGAAGCCAUUGUUGUGAUCAAGGACAUCUUCCGCAAGUACCCUAACAAGUAUGAGAGUGUGAUUGCCACUCUGUGUGAGAAUCUGGACUCCCUCGAUGAGCCUGAGGCCAGAGCUGCCAUGAUCUGGAUUGUGGGAGAAUAUGCUGAACGAAUCGACAAUGCAGAUGAACUGCUGGAGAGCUUCUUGGAGGGGUUCCAUGAUGAGAGCACCCAGGUCCAACUGCAGUUGCUGACUGCAAUUGUGAAGCUCUUCCUGAAGAAACCCACAGAGACUCAGGAGUUGGUGCAGCAAGUGCUGAGUCUGGCUACUCAGGACUCUGAUAACCCAGACCUAAGGGACCGAGGCUACAUCUACUGGCGUCUGCUCUCCACUGAUCCUGUGGCUGCCAAGGAAGUGGUGUUGGCAGAGAAACCCCUCAUCUCAGAAGAGACGGACCUGAUCGAGCCUACCCUGCUGGAUGAGCUGAUCUGUUACAUUGGUACUCUGGCUUCUGUCUAUCACAAGCCCCCCAGUGCCUUUGUGGAGGGGAGCAGAGGUGUUGUGCACAAGAGCUUGCCUCCACGAACAGGGUCGAGUGAAAGUGCAGAGAGCCCUGAUGCAGCCCCAGCAGGAGUUCAGCCUUCAGAACAGCCAGCUGUCAUCCCAACUCAGGGUGAUCUCCUGGGUGAUCUCCUGAACCUUGACCUGGGCCCACCAGUGAGUGGGCCUCCUAUUGCUGCAUCUUCUGUGCAGAUGGGUGCUGUGGAUCUCCUUGGAGGCGGCUUGGACAGCCUGAUGGGGGACGAGUCUGAAGGGUUGAGAAGCGAUGUGGGAGGCAGCCCUGCAAUGGGUGGCACUGGCUUUGCAGCUCCCAGCACUGUGGUGCCUGCAAACCUUGGGGCACCCCUUGGCAGUGGCUUGGGAGACCUUUUUGAUCUGACUGGUGGAGUGGGCACUCUGUCAGGAUCCUACGUGGCACCCAAAAGUGUCUGGCUCCCAGCCAUGAAGGCAAAGGGCCUGGAGAUCUCUGGUACGUUCAGCCGUCAGGUGGGCUCCAUCUCCAUGGACCUCUUGUUAACUAACAAGGCCCUGCAAGUCAUGUCUGACUUUGCCAUCCAGUUCAACCGCAACAGCUUCGGCCUGGCACCAGCAGCUCCUCUUCAGGUCCACACCCCUCUAGCUCCCAACCAGUCUGUGGAAAUCUCCCUCCCUCUGAACACAGUUGGCUCGGUCAUGAAGAUGGAUCCUCUCAACAACCUCCAGGUUGCUGUGAAGAACAAUAUUGAUGUGUUCUACUUCAGCACCUUGUACCCGCUGCAUAUCCUCUUUGUGGAAGAUGGGAAGAUGGAGAGACAGAUGUUCCUGGCCACCUGGAAGGACAUUCCUAAUGAGAAUGAAGCCCAAUUCCAGAUUAAAGAGUGUCCUCUCAAUGCAGAUGCUGUCAGCAACAAGCUUCAAGGUAGCAACAUCUUCACCAUAGCAAAGAGGAAUGUGGAGGGCCAAGAUAUGCUCUACCAGUCACUCAAACUGACCAACGGUAUCUGGGUUUUGGCAGAGCUACGAAUACAGCCAGGCAAUCCCAGCUUCACGGAUUUGGAGCUGUCUCUGAAAUGCCGAGCACCUGAGGUAUCCCAGCACAUCUACCAAGCAUAUGAAACCAUCUUGAAGAAUUAAUGCACUGAGGCACCCUCCUCCUCCUCCUCCUCCCCCAUCCCAAGUGAGGAAAUGGGACCAGGACCUGUGUGCAUGUCUCUUCUAGUCCCUGCAAAGAACAGAUGCAAGAUGCCUCCCAAACCUCAUUGCUGUCUCUUAGAUGCUGAACAUGGAGUAGGUGGCAAUGCCAAAGGUCUAUUUUCAGCUGCCCAGGAUCAGGGAGUGGGAGGAAGGGAGGAGGGCUCCUGUUGAGAUUCAGUGCAUCAGUGUUGAGUUCUUUUGUGUGAAGUAAUGCAGUGUCCUCUUGGCUAAUGUUGCCCCUUUUAAUAGCCCUGUUGCCCUUGAAAUUAAGUGAGUGCUUUCUUAAUGAAAUCCCAAAGCCAGCCCAAGAACCGAGUUCAGGGGACAGCAGGUAUUGCUGUUGGCUUCCCUUUUGAUUCUUGCUGCUGGUUCCAUCUCGCCUGCCCUGCCAAUCCAAUCAGUGACUUGAUGCUGUAGUGCUGAAGUGUGGCUUGUGCUGCAUUGCCAAGCCCAGCCCUGGAAAAUCAGUGUUUUGCCUGGUGAAUGGGUCUCUUGUAUUUGAGUGCAUGUAUCAUCUGCUAAAGAAGUGGUUGCUAACAGAUCCUCUUCUGAUGGGAUAUUUGCCAUGAAGCACUGCUCUGGCUGCCUCCUUUCCCAGCACUGUGAGCCUGGAGUUAAUUUGCUUGCAGCUGAUUUAAGAUCUAAGACGCCCUGAAUAAUUUUCCUCCUUUAUUUGGGCUGAUAAAAAGGACUUCUGGGUAAAGUUUGAGGCAAAGUCUGCUAGGGAAGGUCAAAGCAGGGAAUCAUGUUCCAUAGGAGCAGCUCAGCCUGCAGGCAAAUGGCCCCAUCCUUUUCAUCCCCAAUUGCUCAAAGUCUCUGUGGGGAGAGGUUGGCAGUUGUGUGGACUGCUAGUCCGGAAUGUGAAUUGCUGCCUGCAGUCAUUACCAGGAGGUAGGUGGCAAAACUCCAGUAUAGCUCUUCCCUUCCCCAAGGCACUUGUCUGGAAACCCAAGGGAAGUCAAAACCACAGUUCCCUUCCCCUCCAAAGCCCUCAGGUUCCACAAGAGAUGUUGCGGACCCAAGCUCAGUCUGUCUGUACCAUGAAGCAGCAGUAUCCCAACAGAUUCCUUUGCUGUUUUAAAAGGCUGGCUUGAGUUUACCACAUACUGGACUCCCUAAGUCUGUGUGGUGGCUUGCUCUUGCUGAGCAGUCUAGUAAAUAAUUAGCUGGCAAUAGAACAGCUUCCAGCUGCAGGAGAAGAAAAGCCUCUUCCUGGGCUGCAGGGCCCGUUUUCAGUGUGAAUUGGCUCACUAUGGCUGCUUUCCAAGGAGCCUGCAGGGACCAGGUGCCCCCUGAACUCCAGCCAAUGCUCACAGCUGCUAUGAGAAGGAAAUCAAUGCCACCAAUGGAAGAUAUAAUGCAUAUUUAAAUAAGUCUGAGGGAGAAUGGAAUAUGCAUUAGCCCUGGACUCACAGCACCUCUGUGAAAAGGAGUCUGCAGGCACUAAGAUGUACAUCAAAUCCCUUAAGUGCUGGUACCCUCCCAUCACCAACAGCCAUCUUUGCAAUUAAGUUUCCAAGAAAAAGGGUCUUUUGAGGCAGCUGUAACCUAAGGUUUUACUUGCAAACUGCCCCUUGAAAUCCUAGGCUUCUGUUUUCUGUAAGGCUCACGCUCUAGCCCUAAUCUCAUUUUUUUUUUCUCUCCCUUACUUUUUAACCACAACAGCAGCUGUGAUCAGCCAUUCCUAGGUGUCCUGGUUUGUGGGGGAAGUGAGUGGGAUCUGCACUUACUGCCCUAGGGAACUGUGUGAUUCUGCUGUGCUCAUCAGCUACUGCACUCCCAUCAGAACAGGGGAGCAGCUGUGUCCCUGCUGAAAUAUUUUGGGCUGCUUGCAGUGUUGCUCUUUGGAGGGUUUAGGGGAACACUGCCUUUUCAAAUCAGUGACACUAAUUAUUUUCUUCCUACCCAAAAUUAAAGCAAUUGAUCACCCUUAAAUAGAAGUGUUUGGUGCGAGUUUUCAGAUCCCACCAGUAAAUAUCUAAUAUAUAUAAUAUAAAUAUAUUGUAUGUUUACUUGUUUAAAAACAUUGAAUAAAAAUGACAUCUU